GACAGAUUCUAGAACUGGAAGUUGAAGAUUUUUGAAGGUGAAGCUACGAACAGGAACAAGAGAUAUGACUCUCACUAGGUUCCAGAAGGAAGAAUGUGUGCCCUUACGCGCAAAUACAUCGCAACGAACAGAACAGGCGAAUGUGCGCAGAUCAGAAGGGACCACAUCUAUCGAAGCUAUAGCCACGAACUUAAGAUCUUCAAAUAUGGAAUCUUCGGGAUACACCGCGACAAAAGUUACGAAGAUGUUCGAAAAUGGGGCUAGACUCAAAGAACAGAAGACCACUGACGAGAUGAUGGCUGAGUGGAAGAACCAGAACAGAACCUUGAAGACGAUUGAAUCAGGGGGUUUUAUCCGCACGUCAGUUCGGUCUAAGAGAACUGCUGCCAGAUUACGCGAGUUAGAAGCAAGAGAAGAACUGGCGCUUUUAGAAUUGCAGCGCGCUGAAGCAGCAGCUAAUCUGGCCAGAAUCAGAUUCGAGAAACAACGAAUUGAAGAUAAAGUAAGUUUCAGAAGACGAUCUGGAUGAGGAACAAGGAGGAAGAGCUUCACUUGUUCAGAACUGGAUCCAGACGUCAUCUUUGAAAGAAACAAAAGAUGUCAUUCCUGAUAAACGAGGGAAUCAGUCCCUGCUGCACUCGGAGCUUAUAAGCUCAGAACAGUCGAGUGGAGCUGAGAAUUCAGGAAUGAUAGUGAAUACAAUGUUGCCAGUCCACGCAGUGAGAACAACCAGGGCUUAUCUGAAGAUAAUUCCGGUAGAAG